AUGGUGAACAACAUAAAGAAUCGGUAUGGAAUUUCAGAUAACGGUAUGACUGCAAUGUUGGAAUUGAUGAAAGAGUUGCUUCCAGAAGGUAAUACCUUGCGAUGUAAGUUUUCAGAUAUGCGAUGUAAGUUUUCAGAUAUUAAAAAGAUGAUUCAAGAUACGGGGAUGGAUUAUGUAACGUAUGAUGCAUGUGUAAAUGACGGUAUACUGUACUGGAAGGAUAAGAGUUCAUUGCUGAAGUAUCCUGCAUGUCAAGAACCUCGGUACGUAAGAGUUUUUAAUGAUGAGAGAAAGCUUACUCAAGUUGCGCAGAAGACGUUAAGUCAUAUUCCAGUAAUUGCAAGGCUGAAAAGAUUGUAUAGAAUACCAUGGAUAGCAGAGGCGAUGCUUUGGCAUUCUAGAGCACAGAAAGAUAUCAACCUAAUGCGUCAUCCCGUCGAUUCUUCAUCUUUGUGUCGUGCGGAUAAUUUUUGUCCGGAAUUUACCAAGGAAGCAAGAAAUGUUACUCUUGGGAUAGCAACUGAUGGCUUCAACCCAAAUGGAUGUUUUUGUCUUAAUUACAGCUGUUGGUCGGUGAUUCUAUGUCCGUACAACCAUCCUACUUCGAUGUGUAUGAAGCGUGAGUUCUCCAUGUUAUGUUUGUUGAUAUCAGGACCGAGAGAACCAGCUUCAUUAAUUCUGAUGAAAACAAGAUUGUUGUGGGCUAUUCAUGAUUUUCCAGCAUUAGGGACUAUCUGGAUGUGUACACAUGGGUAUUAUGCUUGUCCAACUUGUGGUGAAGAAACAAUUUAUGAAUGGCUGCCGUAUAGUAAGAAGAUAUGUUAUAUGGGACAUAGAAGAUGGUUUCCAUCCAAACACAAGUAUAGAGAUGAUAAAACAAACUUCUGCGGAAAGGUAGAACACGGUAAAGCUCCAUGGCCGUUGACAGGGUUGCAAGGUCAAGAGAUAGUAGCUAACUUGAAAAGCAAACAAGGAAAGGGUAAACUACCAGCAAAGAAACGUAAAAGGGGAGCUGAAGGGAAUGUUUACGAAGAAGCUUCAGAGCACGAACUAUUUUCUCGAAGGUCCAUUCUUUAUGAUUUGCCGUAUUGGGGAUCAAACGUUGUCCGACAUUGUACAGAUGUUAUGCAUACUGAGAAGAAUAUAACUGAGCACAUUAUUAACACUGUAAUGGGAAAUAGUAAGUCAAAAGAUGGUCAUAAUGCACAUAAGGAUAUGCAAUCUAUGGGGAUUAAGAAGCGGUUAUGGUUGAAAAAGGAUGACAAGACUGGUAAAACAACAAUGGAAGAUGGAUCCUUUGCCUUAUCAAAAUAUAAAAAAGUUGUUUUUUGUACAGUCCUGAAGAACUUAAGGGUGCCUUCUAAUUUCUGUUCCAAUCUUCGCAACAACGUCUGCAUUAGUCCACCAGAGCUGAAGAAUUUAAAAUCUCAUGACUACCAUGUCAUGAUGCAAUCUCUGUUCCUGUUGUUGUAUCAUAUUGCGACUUCAUUACCUAAAAAUCUGCGAGUUGCUCUUAUCCAGAUUAGUUUAUUUUUCAACAUAUUAUGCGCGAAGGUUAUAAACAGAGACCAUCUUCUACAAGCAAAAGCUAGUCUGGUGGAAGCAAUAUGUGUUUUAGAAAAAUACUUCCCUUCAUCGUUCUUCGUGAUAAGUAUCCAUCUGAUGAUCCAUUUGUUGGAUGAAGCGUUAAUCUGCAGUCCGGUCAGAUUUAGGUGGAUGUACCCCUUUGAGAGGUUAAUGAAAGGUUUUAUAGGGUUGGUGCCCAAUAGAAGGUACAUAGAGGGGUGCAUUGCAAGAGGGUAUUCGUUGCGAGGAGCUAGCUUAUACCUUAUGGAAGGUAUUUCAGAUGAUGGUAAUGGUACUCAUAAACAUACUCGACAAGCUUUUUUGGAUGAUGACACUAACUUUUCCGAUGAGAUGCCUCUAACUAAAGCAAGGGGUAUCACUUUAAGUCGAGAACAGUUUGAACAAGCUCGCAGCUGGAUCCUAUCUUACUAUGUCGAAAUAAAAGACUGGUGUUGA